AUGUUCACAUACGGGAAUAUGCAGUGGUAUCCGUUUUCCCCAGUCAACCGGGAUGGCAGGGCGCAUGUGCACCAGUUUCAUCCUUCCCAUUGUGACGUCACAUCCGGUUACCCGAGUCAUGCAUACCUGAGUGCCCCUGCGCCUCUAGAGUGCUCAAACGCACCACCCUAUAUUAGGAAAACGGGUUCCAUAGAGCAAUUGGAUAUCGAAAAGGUACUGGGGGCGUUUGAAGGCAACCAUGAUUUGCUGUCUUCUGCUAUCCACGCCGCGUUGCACAGCGUUCCGGAACAGCACGGUUUCCAUGGCGAAAAAGGUGAAACGCUCCCGCUCGCAACCACGUGCCCGCCCAAGACUCUUAACCAACAGUGUCAGCUCCGUCUGCCCUCUAUCAAGACCACCCACAUGGCGGCCAACGUAAUGUCCGAGGAAUGCGACCUGGGCUAUUCGAGUUUCUCCGACAUAGCAUUGUUUCCGGAAGUUCCAGAUAUCACGAACUGCUCUGGGAACUCAGACGACCUCUUUGAAGACAUAACGUCGUCUUUUGAUGAAACGUUUGAAUGCGCGUUGGGGACCGAGUCAAUCGCGAAACCGGCGGUGACGAUCUCCGAUGUUUCUGUGAAGCAGGAACCCAAUCAGGUGAACCGCCCAAACUACACGGCAUCCCACUUCAAAGAAAUUCCUCACUGCCAAUACCCAGGUUACGUCAACGAGAUUCUACCGAUAUCCUCCUGUGCGUUCUUCAGCAGCCAGGUACUGAUCACCGAUUCGCCCGUUGCCACGAUGACAGCAAACGUCAAGAACAGCGUACCUUGGUGCGUCCUCUGCGACAAGUCCUUCCAGACGAGAUCCGCGCUGAAGAUGCACAUGGCGUCUCACCGAGGAAAUAGACCCCACUGGUGCCCAUAUUGCGACAAGUCGUUUACCCAGAAAUCCACGCUGAGGACACAUAUACGCGUGCACACCGGCGAGAAGCCCUACGCAUGUGAACAAUGUACGCGGGCUUUCGGCGAUUACAGCACUUUCCGGAAGCACGUGCGGAUUCACACAGGGGAGCGUCCUUACACAUGCGACGUGUGUCAGAAAGGAUUCACGCAAUCGGGAAACAUGUUGCGACACAGAGAAGUGCACUUUAAGAAGUCCAAGAAAGUGAAAUGUGAAAAGUCUUUAUAA